GGUUCGGUGAAAGUGUCCCGCCUCCUCCCAGCGGGGGGCCUGGUCGGUGGGAGGAGCGAGCUGCGCCGGGACGCGCCGCGCCGCAGCAGCACCAGCAGUCCCGUCCGAACCAGCAGGUCCGCCUCGGAGCAAUCAGAGCGCCGGUUCACCUGUUCACCUCCAAGAACCCGCCGCCUGGUUCCGGAAAACAACAACAACCCGAGCAAACCGGUGAAAUAUGAGCGACGCUGUUCGGCGGCGCGGCGUCUGGAUGCCAUAGCGGGAGCAGGAGGCUCAGCGGCUCUGCAGGACAAAGAGGGUCGCCUUCCUUCAAAUUGCGAUGCAUCUCAUCGGGGUGGUCUUAAUUCUGGUCGUGACGGGAAUAGCAAAAGGCUGGGAAUGCAGCGCGGCGUGCAGCACAGAAAAUGGGUUUUGUGAGAAGCCGGGGAAGUGCAGGUGCAAACCCGGGUGGGAGGGGGAGAACUGCGACCGCUGCAUCCCGUUCCCAGGCUGUUUGCACGGCGCGUGCGAGAAAGCCUGGCAGUGCGUCUGCAAAGAGGGCUGGGUGGGCAGCCUGUGCGACCAAGAUACUCGCCUGUGCUCAUCCAAGCCUUGUCCCAGUAACGCCACCUGCAUAGAGAGAGGAGAGGGCGGCUACCUGUGUGUCUGUCCCCAGGGCUACGUUGGAGAAAACUGCCAGAUGAAGCAGAGACUUUGCCUUCUGAACGGCUCUCCUUGUCAAAAUGGAGGCACGUGUGUGGAGGCCAGCGGCUCUGCAGCCGAUCCUUCCUGUUUAUGUCCUCCUGGAUUUUCCGGCGCCCUCUGUGACAUCAGCGCCGGCAGCUGCCAGCCGAACCCUUGCCUCAACGGGGGCAACUGCACGGACCACGGCCUGGCCUUCACAUGCGCCUGUCCGCCCGGCUACACCGGCUUCACGUGCAACGACACCAGCAGCCUCUCCGCCUGCGCGGGUGCGCCUUGCGCCAACGACGGAACUUGCAUCAGUCAGUCCGACGGAACCUUCCGCUGCAUUUGCCAGAAAUGGUACUCGGGUCCCACCUGUUCCCUCCAUCACAGACAGAGAUCCAGGACCAGGCCUGCCAAUACCAGACCAGUGGAGCACAGAGGAUUUGCUCUCACUCCGCAGCACUACUCCCUCCCUGCCCACGCCUUUCACAAGCUGCUCAGACCACCAGAGAGAGACUUGCUGAAGAUCACCCUGAAGGAGUCGGUCCACUCCACUGGCGUCCUCGUCACCCACGGCCAGCUCAUCUGUUUCGGCAUGCUGGCCUUGCUCACCUGUCUGGUUAUCUUGGGCACCACAGGAAUAGUCUUCUUUGGUCGCUGCGAGACGUGGCUGGCCAACGCCAAGUACAGCCAGCUUGUGCGGCAGCAGCGGGAACACCUGCUGAGGGAAGCUGGCAGCGCGAGCCAGGAAGAACCGGAGCACUCUGUAAACAUCAUCCUGCCAGAAAAGAUUAGACUCUCCAGCUUCGGGAGACACUACACCUCCAUCUGAUCAAAACGUCUCCUCCUGUUACCGGCUCCCUGCGGAGGGAGCCCCAACGAAUGUCACGGUGUAACCCAGAAUGAAGCGCUGUCACGGUUGUGCAGCUGUUUAGCGCAGACUGGGCUGAAUGUAUCCUGUCUGGACCAAGGGGACGAAUGUUACAUGAGGCUGUAAAUGUUUAUCAGUCGGUCAUGCUAUUAAAAUCCACUGAAAUUGUGCAGAAAUUCAAAAGCUGUCAUUGUGUGGCUUAUCUUUACUCCUCUACUAAUCACUCAUUUCAUUUUGUGCUUCUAAUUAGAUUUUUUUUUGUAAGCUAUUUUACUUUGUUUAUGAAUUUGUACACAAUUUAUAAACAAAACAGUUUUAUUUUAGAAUAGUCUAGUUGUAAAUUGGUAAAGAUCAUUCCAGACAAAAAGUGUAAAAAUGUCUGUUACAUGACAGCCUAUGUAGGACUUAUGAGUUUUAAUUUAUUAAUAAUUGAUAAGUUUGUGCAGUAAUGUCAGUAAGAUGUGUAUUAUGGUUUUUCCUGCUUUACAGAACAAGCUUUACCAUGUUGUGCAAAUGUACUAAUGAGUCAGCUCUUUGUAGGAUAUUAGUCCGGUUUUUAUGCACAAAAAGUAAGGAAAUGUUUAUUUCUUUAAAACAAAGUUUCUUGGCAACUGUAAAAUUAUUGUAAAACUUUUAUUUUCCUUUAAAUGGUGCCACAUUGUUAAGGAAAGUGGGUUGGACGGGUUGCACCCAUUUAUAACUUCAAUUCAAAAUGGAUUAUUGAUUCAUUUGGUUGGAUGAUUGAAGUUUAGGUUUGGAUAAGAGUGGACAGAAUAAACUGAAUUUACCUCCAAUAAUGAGUUUCACCAAACCGUCACACUUCCUCCACCAAAAGCUGUUUAGAUUUAGCAAGCCUAUACUAAGAUGCAUUUCCACAUAAUUGGACAAUUUGACAUUUAAAAAAUACAUUUGCCUUAAACUAAACAAUCUUGAAAAAAUAAGUUCUUUAUAGAAUGAGUUUUUGUUUUGUUUUUUGGCUGCAUCAAAAUUGGUUUAUUUUGGAAACAAUAGGCAUCAAGUCACAUGAUCAACAACAGGAUGUUGCCACUAAUUCAAACCAUGAAGAAGACGACAGGAAGUGGAGGAAAAUGCAUGUUUUUCGGGUGAGCAGACUUAUUCACCUGAGAUUUUAAUAUGUUUCUUAAUUAACAGAAACACUUCAAUUGCAAAUUUAUUUAUUUUUUAUAAGCAGAAUAUUGGCAAGGUUUUGAACAUUUGUAAUGGAGAUUCAGCCAGUGAUACAAUCAGCAAGUUCAGGGAGGACUUGUUGGCCCCAAACCACAAAUCAGAAACAUUAAAUCCACUGACGAACUAUGUGAACAUUGUAUUUAGCUUUAUGCUAAUGAGAAUAAAUUCCUCUCAAAUGUCAAAUAUCCGCGUUUAGUCAAUAAAUGGGCACCUACUUGUGUGGUAGGCGCUUCCGGAAGUGUGUUUUUGGAACAGAUUUCUCACUCGUGGUUUCAGUUUUAUAGUUUAUAUUUUGCUAACGCUGUUGCUAAUUUUGCCUGAUUUUUCACGGUACGGCUUCGAUCAGAAAGCACAGCAGAAUAUCAGUGAGUUUAAAACUGUUUUCUGUCGAACUGAUGCAUUCUAGGUACAGAAUAACCGUCAUUUGCCGACGGAACUGCUUCAUCCACUUCAAAAUAAGAGCGUGAAUAUAAACUGGCUAACUUCUUGAAGAAUUCAAAACAGCCAGUAACAAAAACUUACAUUUAUUCAACUGAAAGUUUACAAAACAGUCGAGUAAAGUAGCUCUUUGCAAUUUAUCUGGAAAAUUAAUUUAGGAAAAGCUAGGUGCGCGAAAUGUUUUCAAAGUUAGCAAAAACGCUACAGAGCUAAUGAAAAAGUUAGCAUCGCCGCUGCAAUCCACUGAUGCAUUUUUCUUUUUAGAAAUGUGGCACAAUUUCAAGAAAAAUUAAAAGGCUUUCCAACAUUACAAGAUUUACUGCAAAGACGUUUUGUUACAAAAAAGAAAUAAUCAGAAUUAAAAUUUCUUACUUCUUUUGCUAACUUUAGAUGUUUGUUUCAUGUUGGUUUGUUUACUCAGUCUAUUUGUAUAAAUGCUAAUUAUUUUUCUCCAUUAGUUGACAACUUGUACAUUUAUUGACAGUUUUACUAAGAUUUAAUUUUCCUGUCUGUGUUCCAAUUUCACAGUCAAUUUAACAAACAUCUAUUAACUCUGACCUGCUUUGUUAAAUUGGAUCAACACCCCUUCUGGGCAGAAAAUAAUGUUUUUAUAAAUUCAGUUUAAUUUAUUAAUCAAGUUCUCGCAAAGUAUUUUGAAUGUGUGGUACGUUUUGUCGUGAACAACUGGUGAAAUUUGAAAUGAAAAAGGUUUAUGUGUGUACUCUGCAAAUAUUCAACGUCGGUAAGUGGUGGUUGCUUUUCUUUUUACAGUAAAUUGUACUUCAGGUUUGAUUUGCACUUUGAAAACCUUCUUAAAAUAUGAUGUCAUUUUUUUGUUUGUGAAAUUAUGUGCUGUUUAAGACAGAAAACAUAGUUUUCAGUAAAGUACAUCGUGUCCAUUUUACAA